GAUCCAGAAAUUACCUUGGAACAAAAAGAACAACUGUCCAAAUUAUUGAAGAAAUACGCUUCUUCAUUUGUGGAAAAUUCAAGUGACAUACAAACUACCGUUAAAGGAUUCGAACAUUCUAUUGAAUUAUUAAAGGAGAAUCCAAUAUGUGAAGCAAAUCGUCACAUGUCUCCUAUUAAAAAAGCCUUUCUUAAAGAAGAGCUUCAGAAAAUGAAAGAAAAGGGCGUAAUAUCUGAAUGUCCUCCGAAUACACCAUGGGGAUUUCAGGUAGUAAUAGUAAAAAAGAAGGACGGUACUUUAAGGUUAUGUGUCGACUACAGAAAACUUAAUCAAGUCACUGUAAGAGACGAAUAUCCUUUACCUAAAAUUCAGGAACUAAUAGAUCGAAUGG